AUUGAGUAUUGAGAAACCGGAGUGGACGACACUGGCCGAGAAUUCGACGAUUCGCAGGCUGCUAAAGAUUCAUUCGUGUUUGAGAUUCUAUCGAUUCGCAACAUUUGUAUUUCGUUUUUAGAAUGAUGGGCGUCAAAUUCUUUGAAAUAGUUAUACUAUUCACAGUGAUAGUGGACGUUAUUUUGGCUUCAACUUAUCCAAAAAAAAACGAAAAUGAGAACGAAUCUGAUGCAAUCGACGGAUACCUUUUUCACAGAGCGCCAUUAGUAAAGCCGUUUUUCAAAGUAAAAAAAAUAAAAAUCAAGAAAUUGGGUAAUUUGUCCAAAAUCAAAGCUCUGGAAUGUCAAAGGUUACGAAACGAGAAGAUGCCAACGUUUAAUAAACCGGAAGAAUCAAAAAAUGAAUGUAAUUCAAAAAGUUGUCGCAAUGCAGCAUUUCGGAUCCUAACGAAUAUGGACCCUAACGUUGACCCUUGCGAUCAUUUUUAUCGAUUUUCAUGCGGUGGCUUUCCUAAACGAAUGGUCAUACCUGGCUCUGAAACCAGUGUAAAUAUGUUGGGCGACCUUGAUGAGGAGUUGAAGGCGCGAAAAAAAGAGAUCAUCGAAGCUGAAAGCAAACCCGGCGAACCCAAGUCUUUGAGACUUGUCAAGACUCUCUAUAAGUCUUGUAUGAACGAAGCAGCGAUCGAGGCCGAGGGACUUGGACCUCUUUAUGCGACUUUGAACAAACUUGGUGGUUGGCCGGUUCUUAAUGGUGGUUCAUGGAACGAUAGAGACUUCAAUUGGACAAACUCUGUAUACAAAUUUCAAGAUAGUGGAUACCCUGUCGGCUAUUUCAUCAAUUUCAGAAUCCAUGUAGAUUUUAAAAACACCACAAAACGUGUUGUCUAUCUUGAUCAGGCAGAUCUGGGACUAUGUCGCGAACUUCUGUCAAAGGGUUUCGAAAAUAAAGUCGUCGACGCUUAUUACCGUUAUAUGGUGGACGUCGCCGUUAUUCUUGGUGCUCCGAGAGAUCGUGCCAAGAAAGAACUCAAAGAGUCAUUGGGUUUCGAAAUGAAACUUGCGAACAUUUCAUUGUCGAAAGAGAAACGUCGUAAUACAACUCAACUGUACAAUCCGAUGACACUUGCGGAACUAACGACAAAAUAUCGAAGUAUACCUUGGAAGGAAUACUUCAGCAGAUUGUUACCAUCAUCUGUCACCAUUGAAGAAGACGAUGUUGUAAUUGUCGUCGCACCGAGUUACAUUAGCGCUUUUGAGAAAUUGAUAAUUGAGACUCCGAAAAGAGUUCAAGCAAAUUACGUAAUGUGGAGGGCUGUCAAGGGUACUGUCAAAUACCUGAACGAAGUUUUACGUAAAAGGCAGAUGGCCUACUAUACAGAAAUCAGCGGACGUCCGGAGAGUGAGCCAAGAUGGAAAGAAUGCCUUGGCAUAUUAGAUUCUUCAGUGCUUUCGAAGAGCGUUAACGCUAUGUAUGGGCGACAAUACUUCACCGAAGACGCUACGAAAAGUGCAGUCGAAAUGAUAACGGACGUCAGAGAACAAUUGGCGAAAAUUUUGAAAACGGUCGACUGGAUGGAUGAAAAAACACGUAGGAACGCCCUCGAGAAAGCAGCAUCGAUGUCCAGUUAUGUUGCUUAUCCCGAUGAUUUAAACGACGAGAGGCUCGAGAAGUUUUACAAAAAUCUGGAACUCUCCGAAGGCAAUUAUUUCGAAAAUCUUCAGAAUCUAAAUAUAUACAGAAGGAAAUACGUGUGCAGUAAACUGCGCGAACCGGUCAAUCAAACCGAUGAGUUUUCACUAGCAAGCCCAGCCAAUGCCUUUUAUGGAGCUUCGGCGAACAGUAUUCAAACUCUCGCUGGUAUUCUCCACGAUAAUUUCUUCAAUAGCGAUCUACCAAAAUACAUGAAUUACGGUGCCAUUGGGUCUAUCAUCGGUUAUGAAAUGACUCUUGGAUUCGAUGAUAAAAAUGGCAAUCUCGUCGAUCGGUGGGAGCCAUCAACCGAAGAGAAAUUUUUCAACCGCGCAUUAUUGUGCACAGCCGAUCGAUACGCAAAUUAUACCAAUGAAGAGAUUAACCUCAAAUUAAACAGUAUUAUAAAAGGUGAAAAUAUCGUGGACAAGGGCGUAUUCAAAGAAGCGUACCUCGCAUACAAUAGUUGGGCUAAGAGAAAAGGACCUGAAGCAAAGUUGCCCGGAAUUGAUAGGACGCCACAACAGAUGUUCUGGAUAAGUGCAGCGAACGUUUGGUGUUCAGCAUCGAAACCGGAGGCGUUCCGAGUUUUGGAUUCGUUGUCUAAUAUGUCCGAAUUUGCGAAAGAUUUCAAUUGCCCUCUGGACUCCAAAAUUAAUCCUGAGAAAAAAUGUCCCGAUUGGUAAAUAUUUGACCUAAGCUCGUUCGAUGCGGCUUGAAAAAGUUCUAAAAUGACGAUGACAUUCGUUAAGGAGAUGUUCUCCUCUUUUGUAAAACAACUUUGAGAACAAUAUCGCUGUAUAUUAUACGAUAUAAGUGUACGAUUAUUCAUGGAUUUGAACAUCAUAACGAUUUUAUGGAAAUAUAAGCAAAAUAUUUGCGAACAACUUUUUAGCGAUAAACAAUGCUCUUUCGUUGAAUUUAAAUGACACUCCACAAUCGAUUCAAAACCAAUAGCAAAUUUUGUCAGUCCAAGAACGCGACAUUUUUCAACCGAUGCUAAAAAAACGUUCUGCUAAUUCGAUGUCCUUUUAGAAAACGUAGUAUUAAGUUGUGAGUCGAUGUAACCAUAAAUUACAUAACAAAUGUAUAACAUGCUUCGAGUGCACUAUAAUUUUUUUCAUGUAUUUUCUAUUGCCUUCUAGAAUGGCAAUCGUAUGAAUAUAAUAUUUCGUUUUCUUUUUUAUAGAGAUUGAAAUUUAAUUAUACCGAUAAAAUGGAAGUGAAUUGUAUCUAUUUCGCUUUGUAUACUUUUUAAAAUACAAAAAGAAACUCGAAAAA